AUGCUACUUCCCCAGCAAGGUCAUACCAAGGCCAGCCAGCCUGAUCGCCCUCAUGCGCCCGACAAUACCAGACCGCCCAUCACCCUGGUCAUUCACGGCGGUGCAGGCAACGCAUCUCCGAGCAGUCGGGAUGAGGCGGCGUAUAGACAGGGCAUGCGUCUCGCGCUCGCCAAAGGUUAUGCGGUGCUGGAAAGAGGCGGCUCGGCCCUGGACGCUGUCACGGCUGCAGUCUCGGCGAUGGAGGAUGACGAAAACUUCAAUGCUGGCAGAGGCGCCGUCUUCAAUGCGCACGGCAACAUCGAGAUGGAAGCGAGCAGUGAGUUGUCCAUUCUUCCGCUCCCUUCACAAUCGAUCCCACCACAUCGGCGCUGCAUGUCAGCUACGCUCUUGCGCCAUGCUCGAAAUCCAAUUCAACUGGUCAGAGCGCUCUAUCUCAAUCCUGCCCAAGUUCCUCAUCCGUACCUUUCGUCUUCGGAAGCAGAGGUGCUCGGCUUCAAGCUUCAUGGUUCCCGACCUGCUCCUCUCUCGUACUUUUGGACUCGGAGGAGGUGGCUCGAGCACAGACGGGGGCUGGGGCUCUCUGAUGAUCUGUCAUAUCUCGCAGAGCAUCAGCAGGAGACUGACGAAGAUGAUUUCGACCCUGCUUCAUUGCCGCAAGGCACAGUGGGAGCCGUGGCUCUCGACUCGCACGGGACGGUAGCGUGUGCUACCUCUACGGGCGGAAAGACGAACAAAAUGCAAGGCCGCAUUGGAGAUACGCCAACGCCCGGUGCCGGAUUCUGGGCAGAGGAGUGGGCGCCCAGCCCGACGCCUACGCUUGUUUCUUCCAACGGCACUUUGCAGCGUCGUCGAGGACUUGCGGUUUCCGGCACGGGAGACGGCGAUUACUUUCUUCGAAUAAGCGCCGCCUCUCACCUUGCCCAUCGCGCGCAAUUCUUGAACGAGCCGCUGAGCGUGGCUACGCGGAAGACGGUCGAUGCGCUAGGAGAUGUUGGAGGGGUUGGAGGGUUCAUUGGAGUGGAUACGGAUGGGACGAUCGCCUUUGCCCUGAAUUCCACCACCAUGAACAGAGCGUACAUGUCUAGCGUUGAUGGUGCGGUGCCAAAGACUGCAAUCUGGGCCGAUGACGACUGGGAGUAA